AUGUCUGGAGCCGCGGCACCCCACCCCGCCAUGGCGGACCUCCAGCGUCAACUGGAACAACUGUUGCUCGCGUCGCUGGAUCCCGCGCAGGUGAAGCCGGCGAGUGAGCAGCUGCGGGCGUUGCUCCAGCAGGAACACGAGGCGCAGCGGCGCCUGGCGUAUCUUCUGCUCGCGAAACAGAUCGUCGACGGCUGCCAAGAGGAAGUGAGACAGCUGUCCGCGGUCCUCCUGCGCCGGAAAAUCUCCAAGGCGAUGGCCGUCUUCGACGAGAACCAACAGAAGGAGUUUAUCACCUCCCUCGUGGCGCGUUUUUCGCAAGAGCCUUCCGCGUCCGUGCGCCGCGCCGUCGUCCACCUGCUCGCCGCGAUUCUUCGCCUGGCGACUCUGCAAGAGGCGAAGCGCCGCGAGUUGUUUUCGGCGCUUUCUCACAUGGCCAUGCAAAAUCCUUCGGGCGCGGAUCCGCAGCAACUCCAGCAGCAAGUCGCCGCUGUCUCCACCUUCGUCGCCGUCGCCGAGGCGUGCCCCGACGAGCUUGCUGAUUAUUUCGAUGAAUUCCUCGCGGUCUUCCGACACGCCUUCACAUGCGCCGCGGCUGGAAACGAGCUCGGCACGUCGGCUCUGAAAGGCCUCCGUUCGCUCGCUGAGUUCGCUGAAGAGCCGGACCAACAAAAGAAGAUCUGCGCUCUGGUGCCGAACGUCAUGCAAAUCAUCGCCGCCGCAGUCCAGGCAAACGAAGAGGACGUGGCUACCACUGGAAUUCAGCUCAUCGACGACCUUCUGAGCAACGACAACUUGGCUAUGAAGGAUGCUGAACUUCUCGCCGUCUUGGACUUUCUUCUCAAGACGGUGGCGAGCCGAAGCGACGUCGAUGCCGGAAUCCGGCAGCAGGCGUUGUCCUGCAUUCAGUGGGCGGCAAAGCAAAAGCCGAGAGUUCUCUGCAAGAGCCCGACGGCCGUUCCGGCCAUCCUGGACGUCCUCGUGGCCAUGGGGGCUGAGCCUGACAUCCAGGGCGGAGGCCCAGAAGACUUUGAAGAGGACGAGUUGACUCCCCACCGCAUCGCGGCGCAGUGCGUCGACGCCCUGGCGAUUUCCCUCCCCUCCAAGUACGUCUUCCAGCCCAUGCUCGAUCGGCUGACGCCGUUCACGCAGUCCCCGGACGUUCUGAAGAAGCGCGCAGCUUUGGUCCUUCUUGGCAUCAUGAGCGAGGGCUGCGAAGGCGUCAUGCGCAGAAAAAUGAAGUUCUUUCUCCCUUUCGUCCUGGAGUCGCUGAGAGACCAGCAACCCAUCAUCGCAGCGUCCGCUUGCAUCUGCUUCGGACAGUUUGCAGAGUAUCUCCAACCUGAAAUCAUGAUGUUCCAGCGAGAAGCUCUAGAGCUCCUUCUUCUUCUUCUUGAUAACCCGAGCGCUCUCGUCCAGCAGAAGGCGUGCUACGCCUUGGGCGUUCUCUUCGAGAAUAUGGAGGCGCAGGAUCUCGAGCCCGUGGCCAGCGAGGUCGUCCAGCGUCUCGUCCGCACGCUUCAUCAGACGUCGUGCGACAAAGUUCGGGAAGUGUGCAUUUCGGCGAUCGGUUCGGCAGCGGCGGCGAGCGGCAACGGGGAAGACGCGCCCUCGACUGGGCCGCGCGCGUUCGACGCCUUCGCGCCGGAACUGUUUUCCUUGAUUGGCCAGAUCAUCAAAAUGCCGACUGGGGACACCGACAGCCAAAACGCGGGCCAGGCUGUCUGUUCGCCGACGACAAAGGCUCGGGCCAUAGGCGUCGUCGGCGGCCUCGUUCAGGGGACCAGCGAGGCAGCUUACGCGCAGGAGCUUCCGGGUCUGAUGCGCCUCAUCAUGGAGCAGAUGGUCAUCGACGCCUCGAAGGAUGACGACACUGGAUAUGCCCACGACAUCCGCGACGAGGCCUUCUCGUGCUUCAGUGACGUCUGUGUAGCCAUGAAAGACAAAUUCGUCGUCUUCCUCGAGGAUGUCAUGGUUCGCGUGUUCGCCUCGCUGUUUAGCGACGAAGGCCUGCUGCACGAGGAAGAGAAAGCGCGCCAUGGGGCCGCCGCCCAGCUCCUGGACGAAUUGGACGACGAAGACGAUAGCGAUGAGAGACUGCGAAACAUCCGCAUUCGCGACGGCUUCCUCGACGAGCUCGAAUCCGCUGCGCUUUGCCUCAAGACGCUGUGGGAACACUGUGGGGCUCACUGCAUGAAAUACAUCGCCAAAACAAAAGAAGCCAUUGAACUUCUUCAGGGACACUUCCACGAAGCAGCGAGACAGCAGUGCUGCUACUUGAUCAAGGCGGUCGUCACGGCGGCGCACGCGACCUUCACGGGAGCGCCUGUGAAAAAAGAGAGCCCAAAAUUCGCUCUCAACCCCAACGUACAUACCCUCUGGAGUGAGCAGCUCUGGCCGUCUCUCCGGAAACUCCUGGAAGAGGACGAAGACAACGAGACCGUGGGAGACGCGUGCGUCGCUUUGGGGACACUGGCUGAGGACGUGGGCCCCGCUGUCUUCUUCUCCCGAGAGAUGAACGAAGAAGUCGUCAAGCAGCUGUUGCUCCUUCUUAAGAAGAAGCAUCCGUGCCAGGUCAUCCAGGACGUCGACGAGGACGACGAUUCCCGUCAGGAAGAAGAAUAUCUCUUUGAAGGCAUUUCGGUCCUGAUAUGCGGGAUGGCGUACGCGGCAUCCGCCGGUUCGCGCCAGGCCUUGCAGGGCCCCGCGGCCGCCGGCAGCCUCGCCGCCGUGUGCAACCGACAAACCUUUGCGGCUGUCUACCAGAAGAUCCAUCCUCAUCUUCUGGAUCUCGCGACUCACCGCCAGUCGUCAGCCUACGCCGCCAGUGGCCUAGGGUGUCUCGCAGAAGUUUUCCUGGCUAUGCAAGAAGACGCAGCCGUGUACGCGGCAGACGCGAAGUUCCUCCAAGCUGUCCUCAAGGGCGUUCAACAAGACGACAACGAGGAUUACCGCCGGAAUGCUUGCUUCUGCCUCGGCGUUGUCUACGAGGUGGCAUCCGCGCAGCCUUCCGUUAACGCAAAGACCGCAGAGUUCCUCGCGGCUCUGCAUUCGAUCUUCCGCAGUCGCGAGGUGAGCGAGAAAACACAAGGGAGCGCGUCCUUCCCCUGUCCGUUCUGCUCGUCUUCUCUCGCCUGCGGAGCGCUGGCGGCGCUCUCGUCCGCUUUGCAAGAGGAUUUGAACAAGUCGGAGCAAUUGACCCUGGACAACGCCGCCGCCGCUGUGGCGCGAAUUAUCCUUCACCCCCCUGCGUCGCCGCUGCCUCUCGAACACCUCGUGCCUGCUCUCCUCGUUUCCAUGCCGCUGCAAGAAGACCACGAGGAGUCGGAAGUGAUGCUGGAAGCCGCUCUUAAACUUGCUGACAAUGCCGCGACGCAGCCCCUCAUUGUUCAACACAUCCAAAAAUUCCUGGUGGGAGUGAUUCUCGAGACUGCCCAUCCGCUGAGUGCGAAGCGCGUGAAACCAGAGGUGCAAGAGAAAGUGAUUGUCAUGCUUCGCCAGCUGCUGACGAAUCCGUCGCUGCCGCCGUCGACGCUCCAGGGAGUCAAGGAGGCUGUGGCGUCCAAGCCGUUCGCCCUCGAGUUUAUCAACACCAAGUUCUAG